AGUAGCGCCGAGUCGCCGACGUCGAAGGUAGAACUAACGUGCGUGGCUUAACAUUCUAGUCGGACCUUUUAGUGCGCUGCACCAUUUAAAAAACGAGCGCGAACCAUAACACGAGCCUGAAGCAGUCGGAAGAUUACAACGAACAACGACGAACGAACUUACACUGUCAAGUGAAAAAUGAAGAGAAAAAAGGACAUUACGUCCUAUUUCUACAAGAAAAAGACACAGAAUGGUGCAGACAUUGAGACAGAGUCAGAUGAUGGUGGUGAGAGAGCUGAAGAGGAGCAAGUUGAGAGCGCCACAGAAGGAGAGUCAGGGGACAUGGGAGACGUUGAUUUUCAGAGAGAGGGCCCAGAGCAGCAGAGAGAGACAGAUGAAGAUCCUGAGGGUGAGGAAGCUGAGACUGAGAUAGAGGCGGAGUGUGAGACACAGACAGAAAAUAUUUGUGCAUCUACAAGCACUGGACCAUCAGACAUCAGCAAAGGUAAACAAGACCCACCAAUGCAGCCGGACCUAAAGAUUUUUCCAAGGACCCUGAUGGGGGACAGGAGGAGGAGCUUCAAGGCAGCCUGGUACCACAUCCACCCCUGGCUUGAAUAUUCCAAACAGUUGGACUCUGCGUAUUGUUACGCUUGCAGACAUUUUAGCCCUCCUAAUAGCCAAGACACAGUCUUUGACUCACCAGUUGGCUUCAAAAACUGGAAGAAAGCAUGUUACAAAACAGGAGGGUUUGCAUUGCAUGCAAGGUCUGAGCGGCACAAGCAAGCCAUGGUUACGUGGAGGGACUAUCAGAGAGCUGCAGCACUGCUGCUUGUGAACGGAGUUUUUCCACAUUAAAGCUUGUGAAAACCUACCUCAGAUCCACUAUGAAUGACGACAGAUUAAGCAAUCUGGGUGUCCUUAGCAUCGAGUCGAGGAGGGCAAAAGCACUGAGUCUCGACUCAUUUGUUGACCGGUUUGCCCGGAAUCACCAAAACCGCAGAAUACAGUUGCUGUAAUAGUAGGGCAGCCUCUUAUCAGUGGUUUAACAAGUUUUAUUAAAAUAAAAAGUCAAACAAGAUUUCGAAUCUUUGUCUUUUUUGCUGCGGGUUUAAUGUGCCCCUCUAUCAAAACCCCUGGCCCCAGCCAGGCCCCCUCAGUGAAAUUGGUCUAGAACC